AAGUGUUCUUGUUCUCUGUAAAUAAUAUGUGCGUUAAUGGAAAUAGCAAAGAAACCGGAAUUUAAAGAUCGUGUUUUACAGUUUUCACUUGUUAGUGAAUAUUGUCAGAGUAAAUGUCAAAAUGAAGGUGCCAUGCGUAAUAGUGGUUCUGUUCAUUUGCUUCAAAGGAGUUGUAGGCGAAAACUGUGGCAGUCUCAAUUAUUCUCAGCCCGCUUUUAAAUGGAGAAAUGUUACAAUAAUCUACAAGCCAUUCAGUUUUUCGGCUACUGAAAAGCCACUCAUUUUCUACAAUGAUGGCAAACAAUGGACACCUGUUCCAUCAGCCAUUAUGUAUAAUUCAACGUUGAGUGUCUUUACCACGGUGCUUGACACAAAUCUUCUGAAAACUUGGAAUCCAUACGUGUUUGCAAGAUACCGUUCAUGCAUCAGUCAAAUGAUUCUCGACUUACAAGUAAAACCUGAGAUCCCAGUGCUUAACGUACCUAUUUUGCGAGAGGGAAGUCCAGCAAAUAUCACGUGCAUUUCAAGAGGAGGGAGACCCGCCGCAAACUUAAGUCUCUGGUUGGAUGGAAAGAAUGCAUCAGUAGACCAUUUAAAGACUUACAACAAGUCGACAAGAACAUACACAACAACUAUUACCCUUAAGGACCCUGCCAGAAAAGAUUGGAAUGGAAAAUAUGUGUCCUGUUUAUCAUCUUCACCGCUAUUUGGGGUAAAAGAAACACAACGAAAGACAAUAAAUUGCAAAUAUCCACCAUCGACAAUGGCAAUGAUUGCACCAAAUAUACCGAGAUAUUUGCAGGACAACUAUUCUUUCAAAUUCAGUUGCCUAACGGACACAUACAAUGACUUUUGCUGGAUUUCCUGGACAAAAGAUGGCCAACUACUUUAUGCAAACGGAGACGAGACAGGCAGAAUGCAUGACUCGUCUGAAAUGGCGUUUGUGAAUGUCAGUAAAGAAAUCAAUGGUCAAUCUAUAACCUGCAACGUCAUUUGCCUCAACUUUGAUGUUCAACUAUCCAAGUCACAUGUGGUCCAAGUACCAUAUCAACCGAGUGUUCGCUUGUCGGUUAAAGACGAAGUAUUGCUUAAUGCUCAUGCCACAACCAAUGUAACUUGCACGGCAAACAGCUUACUUGCGAAUAUUGUUUGGUCUGUUUACGGAGACACACAACUCAUCGUUUGCAAUAAGUCACAGGAAUGUGAGAUUAAUAUAUUCCCAUUGGACACAAAUGAACACAGAAACUACACGUGUACAGCUUAUUUCGAAUCUGGAAACUAUAGCUUAAGUACGAGCAGCUCAUUUGUUGCAGUUGGAAGAGCUUCGACGCGUUGCAAAGAUAAAGCAAUAGAGGGGAUUGCCGUUGGUUUGAGCGUUUUUAUUGCGGUGGUUAUUAUUUCAAUGGCCAUUGUGUUCGCCAGAAAACGGAUUUUGAAAGUGAAUCAUCACGAAAAUCCAAUUGAACCUCAACCUGCCCAAUAUGCCAACGUGCAGGAAUAUGAAAAUUAGAAAUGAACGAAGUCGUCCCGUACUCCCAAAUUGACCAAAUCAGGACAGAGGGAUGUACAGCGAAGGUGUCAAAUAGCAACCCAGUCUAUGAAGAUGUAGGCAAAGAACAUUUGAAUACAGCCAGCAAGUAAAAGAGAAGAGGUAGGCCGCCAACUCCUACAGAAUAUAUUGACGUUGAUUUUGUCAGAAAAAGGGUGUAUCAAAGAUGGAUAAUAUGAAUGAACGUCAGGGAAGAUACCUCCACAUACCAUGAAUGAAUGUCAGGGAAGAUAGCUUACUCUAUACACCAUGAAUGAAUGUCAGGGGAGAUACCUCCACUCACCAUGAAUGAAUGUCAAAGAAGAUACCUCCACACACCAUAGAUGAAUGUCAGGGAAGAUAACUUACUCUAUACACCAUGAAUGAAUGUCAGGGGAGAUAACUCCACAAACCAUGAAUGAAUUUCAGGGAAGGCAACUCCACACAUCAUGAAUGAAUGUCAGGGAAGAUAACUCCACACAUGUGACCAUGACUGAAAGUUUGAUGUAAUAAAUGCAAAACAUUUCUGAAAAAUGAAACAGUGAAUAGAAUUGAUUAUUUACAAAUAAGUUUUCAUUCCAAAUAUAUAUCAAUCUUAGAUAUUGCAUCUGUUAUAUUUCAUUCUAAACAUUUAGGCUAUUUAUACUUUGCGGAACGGAACGAAACGGAACGGAACAAACAUUGAGGCACCACACGGGGCACAGCAUUUUUUUUACUAAUAUGUAAAUAUAUUAAAUAAUAAUAAUGAUAUAUUGAAACUGCCUAGCGAACAGUCGAUCAAGGGCUUUUUCGAACUGAACCAUCUGAAAACCCACUUCUAAAUGGAUAUUAAAAUCUUCGGGACUGCAAACAGUUGUUCCGUUUCGUUCCGCAAAGUAUAAAUAUCCCAUAGAAUAAUGAUAUUUAGCGGAACGGAACGGAACAAGAUUUAUUUUUUCUUGUCAAUGGAAUUUUUCAUCCUGGUAUAUUACAGGUACACGAAUUUAUUACAUGCAACCUAGCUGUUUUAAAAAACUAUGUUCUUGACUUAGUCAAUAUAGGAAAUCCUAUCGCCAUAAAAUUUAUAUAUUUAAAUGUUUUGCACUUGUUGCAGUAAUUUAAUAUUUAUUAUUCAUAUAAACUGACGAAUGAAAAAAAAAUGAGUAGACAAUCUAAAUAUUUUUGGCGAUAUCAGGACCUCUUUAAUAUGUAUCGAA